AUGCUGGCUAAUGGGGUCACGUACGGCGUGAUGGCCGCCACGCUGGUAGCGGUGGCAGCCUACGCCAUCACUGUGAUUCGCCACAUAGAAGUCAACUCGGUAAAGAACUUCGUCAGUGCCAAGAACUCGACGAGUGCGCUGCGUCUGGCAUGGUGCUUCUUCGCUGCUGGAAUUGGCGCUGGGUCUCUCUUCACGUUCCCGGAGAUCGGAGUCGACGCUGGGUCGUGGGGAGUCAUUGGCUACACGCUGUCGUGCAUCUCGGGCAUGGUCGUGCUGGGUGUGGUCGGGCCGUACAUCCGCUCGGCUGUGGGUGACAAUAUUACGAUGACUGACGUGGUGUCCAACCGCUUCGGCUACGUCAUGCGCAUCUACAUCGGGGGCAUCUCGCUGUUCUACCAGUUCAUCUGCCUCGCGUCCGAGUACACGUGCAUCGCCCAGCUCACGACCAUGAUGUCCCCCGAUGCGCACCCGAUCAUCACGAUCCUGCUCGUGGCCUUCCUCACGAACCUCUACCUCACCAUUGGCGGACUCCGCGCCAGUCUGGCCACGGACGUGUGGCAGGGCAUCGACGUCGUUGCUCUGGUUGGCCUGGUCUGCAUCGCCAUGUUUGUGCACGUUUCCAUCCCGGAGGGGGCAUGGAAGAAGACGAACGUCGCUGCCUUCACGACUUCGGGCUUUGAGGUACUGGUGACACUGGUGAUCGCCGUGACAGCGUCCAAUCUCUUCAUCACGGGCUUCUGGCAGCGCGUGUACACCGCGGUCGACGACCGCACGCUCUACAAGGCUGCGUUCAUGGCGAGUAUCAUUCUCACAGUGUUCACCGUGGCGCUCGCGAUGGCCGGUAUGGUGUCGUAUCUGGCGUACCCGGAAGGAGACUUGUUCUUCGCCAUCCUGAUCGACAUGGGCCGUGGGUGGCAAGUGCUCAUCAUCAUCGUCAUUGCCAUGCUGGCGAGCGGAGUGUCGGACUCGCUUCAAGUGGGCAUCGCUGCUGAGCUCACGACCUGCUUCCCCAAGCUGACGCUGCUCCAAGCGCGUAUCAUUUGCGUGCUUCUGAAUGCCCCAGCCAUCGCGAUUGGAUACCAGCAGUACGACAUCAUGACUCUCUACCUGAUCGCCGACUUGCUGUGCACGAUUGCUGUGGGGCCCAUGCUGCUGGGCACGUGGAAGCGUGCAACUCGCGCCGGAGCUUUGGCAGGCAACGCCGCCGGCUUCCUCACUGUCUUCAUCUACGGUGUGAUCGCUCAAGGGAAAUUUGUCGGCGGCUUCAACUGGUUCGUCCUGCCGGAGGGACUCUACUCGCAGAACAGCAUGAUUACCUUCAAGCCUUAG